AUGUCUCUUCAAGGCCUGCAGGAGCGCUUGGCAGCUUUGCAGGAGACGACAGCACAACUUCGGGCUCUCGUCGACCGUCUCGCCACUCUCAAAUUCCAGCCCGGCUCGGUGCCGCUGGGAAUUGAGGAAGAGAACAGUCCGAGUGGCGAGCUCAGUGCGGAGAUUGGCUUACUGCUGAGGAGUGGGUUGGAAGAGCAGGAGCUUCUGCGCGAGGAGAUCAAAUAUGCCAAGCCCGAGGGCCACGACAAGGCGAGAUUGACCGAAGGCGCCGAGAGACUCGGCAAUGAGCUGUCCAGCUACCGAGUGGCCUUCCGAAAAGCACGACUAGCCUCGAGAAAGAGAUUGGAGGAUGCCCAGCGGCAGGAACGGGAACUCCUCAUCAGAUCGCUGUCCGGUUCCGCAUCCGACGCGGCGUCCCCUUUGCCGGGCCAUGACGAGUCGCCCACGCCGGCAGUGCACCGUUUGCGACGGCACAAUCAGCAGCAGCAGCAAUCGAAUCUCUCCAGCGAGGACCAGCACACGGUCAGCGUCAGCAGCAACGUGACGACGGCUCUCCGCCGCACGCACGAUCUCAUAGCGGCCGAGCUGUACCGCAGCGAGUACGCGCACCAGACGUUGAAGGAGUCUUCGGAUGCGCUGAAGCAGCUGAACGAGUCGUACCUGUCCCUCGACUCCAUGCUCGCAAACUCGAAAGACCUGCUGGGCACGCUGCUGCGAUCGCAAAAGAGCGACACUUGGUACCUGCAAACGGCCAUGUACAUGCUCAUGGUGACGGCGGCUUGGCUCAUCUUUCGGAGGAUACUGUACGGGCCGCUCUGGUGGCUUGCCUGGCUUCCGCUGCGCAUCAUGUUUGGCGUCGGCACCCGGGCAGGAAGCGCCGUCAUGCAAGGAGGUAGCUCCGGGCGGGUCGGAGAGGUGGACGUCGGAGAGCGACCCGAGGUUCUCGUCGAGGGUUUGCCAAACGAAGAUCUCCCGACGAUGCAAGUGGCACAAGCCACCGACUCGGCUCGCGGAGACGGUGACCCGGACUCCAUGACGGAGCAGGUCGGGAACGGCGUGGAUGAGGCAAACGAGGCGAGCACGCCGCAGCCCGUCGAUGGCGAGUCCGACUCUCACGAGGCGCCGAGGAAUACGAAAAAGCGGAUGUGGGAGGAGAAGGAGACCGAAAACACGGGAGAAGGCGAUCAGGUUCGAGACGAGCUGUGA